UCUAUCAAUGAAUCGCCUGUAGUAGGCUUGGCGUUGUUUGUCAUUGAACAAUAGCGUUUUAAAUGCGAUGUUUCACACUAAACAGUGACACUUGUUCUGAUUAAAACCCGCUUUGUGAACUUCUAAUAUUAACUGAGGUGCCAUAUUGUAACAAAAGCAAGGUUUGUGGUACAGGAAGUGACAUCAUUUUAGGAGAACGACAGCUCCAGCAUCAGUAAGUGCUCGAUCCCUGCGAUGUGACUAGACAUGGGAAGAUAACCGUUUCCAAGGCAGAGGAAGGCAUCAUGCUGGAUGAGGUGGUUGUGAAUGAGCAGUCGUCCACAGAUGCGGAUGAGUCAGUGCCAUGUUUCCAGACUCCAGGACCCACCGUCACCUUCCAUCAAAUCCGAUAUCGCAUCAAGGAGCGAUUAGGAAUGUUCAGCUGCCAAUGGGGUGAAAAGGACAUCCUUAAAGAUGUCAGUGGGAUCAUGAACCCGGGAAUGAACGCUAUAAUGGGCCCAACUGGAAGUGGAAAGACAUCGCUCCUGGAUGUCAUUGCGGGACGGAAAGAUCCUAAGGGCUUAAAAUCAGGUCAAGUUCUAGUUGACAACACCAUCGUGACCUCCGACCUCAGGCUGUGCUCUGCUUAUGUGGUUCAGAAUGACAUUCUGAUGGGUACUCUGACCGUGAGGGAGAACUUGGCGUUCUCUGCCAAUCUUCGAUUGUCACUGAAGGAAUAUUCCUCAUCUGACAAAGAAAUGAGGGUCAACUCUGUCAUCCAGGAGCUCGGCCUCAAAGAUUGUGCAGACACUAAGAUCGGAACAAUGUUUUUGCGAGGGGUUUCUGGUGGGGAGAAGAAAAGGUGCAGCAUCGGUAUGGAGCUCAUCACCUCCCCGUCGCUCCUGUUCCUGGAUGAGCCCACCACAGGCCUGGAUGCCAACACUGCCAACUCCAUCAUGGAGCUCCUGCAGAAGAUCUCCAAAAAGGGCAAGACUGUCAUCUUCUCCAUUCACCAGCCACGCUACUCCAUCUUCAGACAGUUUGACCACCUCACACUCAUGAAUAAAGGAGAAAUCAUCUACGCAGGGGCCGCCGACAAAGCCAUUACCUACUUUGAGGACUUGGGUUACAAGUGUGAGCCGUUCAACAACCCGGCAGACUUCUUUCUGGAUGUCACAAAUGGAACCGUCCUUUCUCACAAAUCCUCAAAAAAUAUAUCAGAGAAGUGCAGCAGCAGUGAGGAAAAGGUGGACAAUGAGAAUCCCCUGGCCGUCAUUUACAGAAAGUCUCAGUAUUUCACCAAAUUGAAAGACCGACUCACUGAGAUUUCAGAUGGGCUCGACCCUGAGGUCACUAAAGGUGACAGGGUUGGUUAUGCCACACCUUUCUAUUACCAGCUCCUGCUGGUGAGUGGCCGCACCAUCAGAAACAUCUUAAGGAAUCCUCAGACGUCUUAUGCCCAACUGUUCCUCAACAUUUUCUUUGGUAUUUUAGUGGGAUUGAUCUACUACCAGAUCCCGCACACUUUACCUGAGGCUCUGCAGAACAGAACAGGAGCUUUCUUUUUUCUUGUCAUCAACAUGGUGUUUGGCAAUCUGUCGGCGGUGGAGCUCUUUGUCAGUGAGAGAGCACUCUUCAUCCACGAGAACUCCAGUGGUUUCUACCGCACCUCUGCCUACUUCCUAUCCAAAGUGUUUGCUGACCUCAUUCCAAACCGCAUCCUCCCUGUGUUCAUCUUUUCUGCCAUCCCGUACUUUAUGAUGGGCCUGAAGCCGGAAGUGGAGGCGUUUUUCCUGUACUGUGUGACCAUGAGUAUGAUCAGUCUGUCAGCCGUGAGUUUGGCCUUCCUCGUCAGUGCCAGCGUGGGCUCCUUCGCCAUGGCUAACAUCCUAAUUGCACUGCCUUAUGUCUUUAUGAUGGUGUUUGGUGGUUUCCUGGUCAACCUGAAUUCAAUGCUGAGUGGGCUCUCAUGGCUAAAGUGGGCCAGUAUAUUCCGAUAUGGCUACAAUGCACUUGCCAUCAAUGAACUAAAAGAUCAAGUCUUCACUGAUAACCAAACCAGGGUGACCGGUGACAUGUAUCUGGACCAUCAAGAGAUAGAUCGCAGCACAUGGGGCUUCUGGGAGAAUCAGGUGGCUCUGGCUGGCAUCAUGUGUGUGUGUCUGAUUCUGGCGUAUGUGCAGUUGUGUCGCAUCAAUCGCUGGAAGUGAACAAGGACAGCGGUUGUGCGAUAAAUGUGAAAUUCUUAAACCAAAACAAGUCUAUUACCUCUCAAACUACCUGUGACAGGAAGUAUAUACCACUGUUUGAAGCUUUUGUGAACGUUUCAUUUUUAUACAGAUAUUAUACCUUAUACCAA